AUCGAAAUAGUGAAUGUUAAUCCUGACAAAGGACCCAGCUGGUAUUUAGCUAAAUCGCCACUUGGAAGUGUUCCUGCGUUGGAAAUCAACGGGAAGGUAAUAUGGGAAUCAAAAGUACUCGCUGAAUACCUUGACGAAGUGUUUCCCACGACAUCGGUACUUCCACGGGAUCCAUUCGAAAAAGCACAACAAAAGGUUAUCGCCGAACGCCUCUCACCGAGCAGUUUUACAGCUGAUGAACGUUUUAUUCGACUUGUUCAACUCGAAUACGCCCGCAGCCCAAGCAAAACCGCAACUCUUUGCAUUCAGCGCUCCCGAAGCUCUUGCUGUCGAACACCAGGAUUCCCUGACUACAUGCUAUGGCCAUUUCUGGAACGACUUGAGCUCAUCACGCUCUCUCCUUAUACACAAUUCAGAUACUUCCCUGGUCUCCACUAUCCACGAAUGGGUGCCUACAUUGCUCGGAUGCAAAGUCAACCAGAGGUGAAAUUCGCAAUGCGGCCACUAUCACAUCACAAAGCCUACGUGGACAGUUUUGCUGCAGGAAACCCCAACUAUGAUUACGGUAUUUUCCACAGCGGAUAA